CCUAUUACCUCCCCCCCCUCUCCCAAUUCAAAAGAUCGAAACCUGAAUCCACAUGAAUUUUAAUGUCCGAUUUAAAACCGACACAAAGCGGUAUACUGUUGGUUAACUAGCUUUUCAUUAAAACGUUAACCAAUAGUUAACCUAAUUUAACCCAAAUGACCCGAUUAGAAAGGUUUAACCGGCAUAAAUGGACCAACUAAUCUGAAUCUAGAACUAAAUCCUAUAACCCAACCCAAAAACCCGACAUAUUUAACCCUAAAAAUAAUAACCCAGAUCUGAAAAACUUGUUAACUCAAUAUGUUCUAAUUUCAAAACCGUAAAUGAAAGUGAAGUUUGAGAGAAGAUUGAAGUCAAAGAGAAAAAAUUAAAGGCACCAUAGAUACAAUAUACUUAUCUGCAAUAUUCGUAAAAAAAAAAAGAGAUCUAUAUUUGCAGAGAAGUUGCAGAGAAGAUGAAGUUUUAUUAACAGAUACGUAGGCUAGUAGUUAUAUGGGACUAUAUAUACUAACUUUGUACGACGAAGAUGCAAUAGUCGGGUGGCUUGUGCCUUAUAAAAAAGGGAUGCUGUCACAAGUUCGAACCUACGUAUAUAGAUCUAUCCAUCCAUAUAUAAUAGAACUAAUGUAAAAAAAAUUGUUCAAAAUGUAACUAAACAAAAAUAAAACAGUCACUAAUUAUACCCUAAAAAAUAAAAGCAAUAUUUUCUAAAAAAUCUUAAUAAAUUUGGAUGAUAUAGUUUAUUACUGUAUUUGAUAAAAGUACAUAUAUUUUUAAAUAGUAACGAUCUAUAUUAAAUUGGUAUGUUAUCUAACUAAUUUUAGGAAAAAAAAAUUACAUUUUUUUCUUUCUCAUUUCUAAAUCAAUAGAUUUAAAAUAAAAAAAUUGGAUGAUAUAGCUUAUUUGAUUAUUUUUUGAUAAGUACGUAUAUUUUUAAAUAGUAAUGAUCUAUAUUAAAUUGGUAUGUUAUCUAGAUAAUUUUAGAAAACAAAAUUUACAUCGUUUUACUUUCGCAUUUCUAAGUCAAUAAAAAAAUUUGGAUGAUAUAGUUUAUUUGAUAAAUUUUUGAUAAGUACAUAUAUUUUUAAACAGUAACGAUCUAUAUUAAAUUGGUAUGUUAUCUAGCUAAUUUUAGAAAACAAAAUUUACAUCGAUUUGCUUUCGCAUUUCUAAAUCAAUAGAUUUUAAAGAAAAAUUUGGAUGAUAUAGGUUCUUUGAUAAAUGUUUUGAUAAGUACAUAUAUUUUUAAAUACUAAUGAUCUAUAUUAAAUUGGUAUGUUAUCUAGCUAAUUUUAGAAAAUAAAAUUUACAUCAUUUCACUUUCGCAGUUUUAAGUCAAUAAAAAAUUUGGAUGAUAUAAGUUUAUUUGAUAAAAGUUUUGAUAAGUAUGUAUAUUUUUAAAUAGUAACGAUCUAUAUAAAAUUGGUAUGUUAUCUAGCUAAUUUUAGAAAACAAAAUUUACAUGGAUUCGCUUUCGCAUUUCUAAAUCAAUAAAUUUUAAAGAAAAAUAUUAGUGUAUUCAAAACAAAAACAAAUUUCUACUCACUUUUGACCAAGAUUGAGCCAGUUAAACAGCUAUCCCUUACCAAUCUAUGAGAGAAGAAAUACUCAAAAUUUUAUCUAUUGAGUUUGGACCAUAAUUCUGAACAAUUUUAUUUUACUUACUUGUAUAAUAAAAAUAAUUCCAUUAAUUAUUAUUUUUAUUAAUUAGACGAACAUGUUAUUUCUAGUAAAAAGAACAAAAAAAUAAUUUAAAAUGAAAGAAAACUAAAUAUUUUCACAUAUAUUAAAAAUUAAUACAUUUUUCUAUUGCUAUUUUACUUGCGGGUUUAACCCCAGUAAAAAUAAAAAGUAAUAAAAAAAGGAAACAAGAGGAGAUUUAUAGAAAGUCAAAGAAUGUAUAAAUUCAUGAGAAGACUCUUAGUAAAGAAAAUGAGGAUAUAUAUUCACCAUUUCACUAGAUACCACCCAAAGUAAACUCAUAUCCGCUAGUUGUCUAAACAAAAAGAAGAACUAUCUGCAUUCGUGUAAAAGUAAUCAAUGGAUUAUUCAUCCACGAUAACCAUCACGAGAGAAGAGUUGAAUGCUUUUCACUUGUAUGACAGAGCACUUUUCUCUCGUCUUGUCAUAACUCUAAGACGAGACAUUGGCCAGUCUUAUCAAGUUAUGACCUUUCUCCUCUAUCUCGAGACGAUUGCUCCUCACCUGAGAAACUUGAUAGCGGAUUUUGCCUCUUUAACGGACGUUUUCGUCAACAUGGUCGCUGACCAAGUCGUGACGUGCAUCAAGUGCUUGUCCUACGACGAUUUUCCAGCAUUUGUGACCCACUUGAGGAGAAGCAUCCUCUCCCCAGAGAUACCUUAUAUCACGGAUGUCACAAGAGGGUACCUAACUCUCAUAGUCAUCCACAACAACCGUGAAAACAUUCUCUUUGAGAUGAAGAAGCAUAUGACGCGUGUAUGCGUCCGAGCUUUUGAGGAUAUAUGCGUGCGUGCUGAGAUGUACAACAAGGAGAUUGAAGAGAGGGAAAAUGCGAUAGCGGAGAUGAGCCAGCUGGGAAUUAGCAGUGUUGUUCAAAUUGGUGAAUCAAGUACUAGCCAGUUCUCGAGUCGUCGAGUAAACGCAGAUAAUAGGACUAUCUUCCUCACAUUUUCUAAAGGAUACCCAAUUUCCAAAGCAGAAGUGUAUGCCUACUUCACCAGGUACUUAAUCUAUUAUAUAAUCCAAUGCAUGCAAUGCAAGGCCAAGGCAGUGCCAUUUUUUUCUAAAUAACAGUGUAAUACAGUUAUUAGUUAUCAAUUUUAUUUUGAGA